CCUGAUUCUUGGUCUCCGCCCAACCAAUGGUGGCCAGAUGAAUUUUAGCAUGUAUGCUCGGCCGAGACCUCUGGAACCGUGCGUAGGGGCUGGAGAUGAAUACUGGAGGUUGAGUAUUGGUGAAGUUAUGAUGAUGUUGCCAUGUCAUCGGAGGGUAAGUCCUCAAGGCUGAGAAGACGGUCCAGCGGGUCAGAGGAGGAUUGCAUAUAGAGCUGUCUUCGUCCCAAGUCUUCUCCUGCUGCUCAGCUGCAUCUGCUCAACGUACCACUCACUCGUUAUUGUGGUCUACAUUCGUUUGUUCCCCUCAUUACUCAGUACCACAUUCGGAUAAUCAGUAAUCGAGAAAGCUCAAUAUGCGCACCUCAAUCCUGGCCGUCCUCCUUGCGGUCGUGGUUCCAAAUGUUGUCGCAGACUUAGACUGGUGGCCCAAGUCCUCCUCGGACUGUGAUGAAAGUACCACAAAGACUUGGCCAAAGUGGACUCCACCAGCAACCACUCCUUGCGAAGAAACUACCACCACCACCCCACCAGUCCUCCCCUCCUCGACUCCAUGCACCACCUCCAUCAUCGCCUUCACCACAACCUCAACCGUCUGCCCAGGUUGUCCACUAAGCACUUGGACAUACUCUCUCUCCAUCCCAUACACUCCUCCUGCUUCAGUGUUUACCACAACAACCCUCUCACUCACCGUUCCCACCUCGACGAGCCCAACCACUACCUGGGCUCCAUCUUUGCUCACCAGCUCGACUUUGACUGUACCCAGUCCAACAACAACUUACUCGCCAACGCCAGUCCUCAAUUCCACGUUUUCGACCAUCCAGAGCUCUGUCACUCUCAGUGUUUGUCCCGGAUGUGCCUCAAGUGCCACCGCCAGCCCAACUCCAACGCAAGUCAGUGGUGCGAGUGUGAUGAAAGCUGAAGGAUUGGGGAAUGCAGGAUUGGCGCUGGCUGGACGCAAAAUUGAAGACUUUAAGGCAGGCAUACUGAUGCUAUUUCCUUGA